CGUAUGUUGUCUGACUUGCCACGUUCAACAGAUCUACUUCGAAUGUCACACUUGCGUGAGAAGUGGGCAACAGCAGCUAUUGUCUUUCUCAGACAUGCAUAUAUACUAACAUUUUUCUCUGUAACUUUCAAUUUAUAGGGUUUCUGCUGCACGUAGAGAUUUUCUCCUUAAUUUGGAAUUUUUCUCUCAUUUUAUUGUGAGAAUCUUCGAAGAAGGAUGGACAGAGAUAAAGAAGAAUUUCUGAAGGAGUUUGGCGAAGAUUAUGGAUAUCCGAAUUCUCCGAAGAACAUUGAUGAAAUCAGAACUUCAGAGUUCAAGAGAUUAGAUGGCGUUGCGUACUUGGAUCAUGCUGGAGCAACUUUAUAUUCUGAGUUACAGAUGGAAACUAUUUUCAAAGACCUCACCUCUAAAGUUUAUGGGAAUCCUCAUAGCCAAAGUGAUUCUAGCUUGGCCACUAGUGAAGUUGUAAGGGCAGCUCGCCAACAGGUCCUUGACUACUGCAAUGCAUCCCCUGAAGACUACAAAUGCAUUUUCACCUCUGGAGCCACAUCAGCACUAAAGCUGGUUGGGGAGUCUUUCCCUUGGAGUAGAGAAAGCAGUUUCAUGUACACAGUCGAGAACCACAACAGUGUCCUUGGAAUCCGAGAAUAUGCGCUCGAUCAGGGAGCUGUAGCUUUUGCAGUAGACAUUGAAGAAGAUCAGCAUAAGAAUGGAGUAUCGAGGAAAGAUGGAUCCACUAUUAAGGUGGCACAGUACCCUGCACAAAGAAGAAAUGGCGGCAGACUACAGGAUGAAUCACCUGGAGGAAGCUCCUCUGGUGAUGUUUACAACUUGUUUGCCUUCCCUUCAGAGUGUAAUUUCUCUGGUGUGAAGUUCAGUCUUGACCUGGCAAACAUUGUGAAGAACGAUGCUAAACGAGUUCUGGGAAACUCACCAACGAGCAAGGGGCACUGGAUGGUCUUGGUUGAUGCUGCAAAAGGAUGUGCCACAGCACCACCGGAUCUGUCUAGAUUUCCGGUGGAUUUUCUUGCCAUUUCAUUCUAUAAGAUUUUUGGCUAUCCAUCUGGGCUUGGUGCUCUCGUUGUUCGAUCUGAAGCUGCUGAGUUACUAAAGAAGAAGUACUUCGGUGGAGGCACUGUAGCUGCAUGCAUUGCUGACGUUGACUUUGUUAGGAGGAGGAAAGGCAUUGAGGAAUCAUUUGAGGAUGGCACACAAUCGUUCCUGAGCAUAGCUGCUAUCCAUUAUGGGUUCAGAAUAAUAAAUUCUUUGACCAUAUCUGCUAUAGCCCGCCUUGCAGUGGUCGUUGUUGGAAUCCAAAAAACAUGUGCAUGCUCCCCAGACUUUGUUAUAUUCUUGUGGCAUACAGCUGCUCUUUCCACUUAUUUGAGGAAAACACUAUUGUCCUUAAGGCAUGCUAAUGGAGCUAGUGUUUGCACGCUCUAUGGACGAGAUAGCCCAAAGAUAUCAUCGUGUGAAUUGGGUCCCACAGUAACAUUUAAUUUGAAACGCUCAGAUAGCUCUUGGGUUGGAUACCGUGAGGUGGAAAAAUUGGCUUCAUUAUCUGGAAUUCAUCUACGGACAGGAUGUUUUUGCAACCCUGGUGCAUGUGCAAAAUAUGUUGGAUUAUCUCAUCUGGAUCUUCUGUCCAACAUUGAGGCUGGGCAUGUUUGCUGGGAUGAUAAUGAUAUCUUGCAUGGAAAACCUACUGGAGCUGUUCGGAUAUCCUUUGGUUAUAUGUCUACAUAUGAAGAUGUGAAGAAAUUUAUCAGCUUCACAGUAAAUUUCUUUGUAUCAUUGCCAAAUCAAGCUGCUGUUGGAUACAUUUUGCGAGGAAAUUCGGUUGACUUGUCAACCAAAGAGAGAUGCCUAUCAACUUCGAGUGUUCAUCUGAAGUCCAUCACCAUCUACCCAAUAAAGUCUUGUGGAGGAUUCAGUGUGAAUGCAUGGCCUUUAAGCAGUUCAGGCCUGCAACAUGAUAGAGAGUGGCUUCUCAAAAGCCCAGAUGGUGAAAUUCUUACUCAGAAGAAGGCUCCUGAGAUGUGUCUUAUUAGUACCUUUAUCGAUCUCACCCAAGGCAUAUUGGUUGUAGAGUCACCACGUUGCAAUAUGAAACUUCAGAUAAAUACUGAGUCAGAUCCCUCUCAUGGUGUGAAAGAAGUAGAAUUACAAUCCCAAAGAUAUGUUGUGCGGGGCUAUUGUAAUGAAGUUGAUCUGUGGUUUACCAAAGCAAUUUCUCGUCCUUGCACUCUAUUAAGAUGUUACAGUUCUGAGUACCACUCAUGCAUGAACAAUGGAGGCAGUGCAGCCAUGUGUAGAGAUGUCGGCAGCAAAUUGAAUUUUGUCAAUGAAGCUCAAUUCCUGCUCAUAUCUGAGGACAGUGUCUCUGACCUCAACACCAGAUUAUGCUCAAAUGUACGAAAUGCUAGUCACCAACAGAAAAUUCAUAUUGAUCCGAUGAGGUUCCGUCCCAAUCUGGUCAUUUCUGGAGCAGAACCAUAUGCAGAAGAUAGCUGGAGUAAUCUCAACAUUGGGAAUAAACACUUUACUUCAUUAGGUGGAUGCAAUCGUUGUCAGAUGAUCAAUCUUGAUCCUCAAACGGGAAAAGUGCACAAUGCGAAAGAACCAUUGGCAACUUUGGCAUCAUACAGAAGAGUGAAGGGAAGGAUUUUCUUCGGAAUCCUGUUGAGACAAGAGAAUAUAGUGGGACAGACAGAAGAAGGAAAUUCAUGGAUCCAAGUUGGGGAAAGUGUACAUCUGGAAUGAAUUGUCUACAAAUGGGCACCAAUUUCUUACAGUCGAAACAGCUUUUUUUUAAAAACCUGUCUGAUAGACUAAAGGGUACAGGUCCACCUACAACUUGCACAUACGCUAAUGAAUGUCCGGUGGAGUUGGAUCUUCCAUUGUUGUAGAUGAAACCUCAAUGCAACUCUGCUCAGCUCAACUCAACUCAAUUCAAUUCAAGUAAGCUUUAUUGCUACUAAUUGUGGUUCUUGCACAAUUCCUGUUUUGCCAUCAACUCUAUUUAAAGUCAUUUUUUGUUGGCCCAAAACAAUCCAUAAUUUUUCUGAUCACUUCUCUUCAAGUGAAUUUUGAGCCUACUUGGUCUUUUACAGCUUCCAGCAUUGUUCUUGUAAAUCUUUUUUAUUGUGUAUAUCCUGAUUACAUUGGAGAGAUCCAAAAGGGGAAGGAAAGAGUUGUGUGUUCUUUAUGCUUGUACAAAAAUUGUGACCUUUGUCAAAGGGAUCAACCCAGUUGAAGAAGAUCUUGAUGUAGUACUGUAUAAUGUACAAGCUAUUAUAUUAAAGAAACACUUUGUAUUCCCA